AUGCGAACAUUUGAUACACAUUAUAAUCCAGAUGAUGCAUCUUUGCAUCCAUUAUGGCUUGGUUCAUUGAUAUUAUUCUGUGUAAUAAUUAUUCUUGGUACAUUAUGUUGUCUACGAAUAAAAUGUAGUUCAUUAUGGGGCAAUUUAUUCAAUCGAUCAUUUAAGAGAAAUAACAAUAACUCAAAUGAUGACAAACAUGCAACAAUUAGUCAUUCCUAUAAUUGGUCACCUAGUUAUACUCUAUCAGAGCAUGAACCACCAAAACUUUAUACAUUGAUUCGAAAUAUUCAGAUAAAUAAUUUGAACAAACAUUUAUCUAUCAAACAACAACAUAAUGAUAAAGAUAAAGAUGAAAAUGAACCAUAUUCAAUUGAUGAAUCUGAUCAUCAUCAAGUAUCUGUACUAUCAUCAGUUUAUCAUACUCGAAAUCCUGAAAUAGCUCGAAAAUUUUAUGCAAGUAUGCGUAAUACUAGUCAACAUCCAAAUUCUUCUUCAUGUGAUAGUUACAAUAGUGAUUCAUCAUUAACAAGUAAUCAUCCAUCAUCAAUUGCAGUUCAUUCAAAUAAAUGUAAACGAGAAGCAGAUAUAAAAUUGUUACGUACACCAUGUUUUUUUCAAUCAAUACCCUAUACAGAUGGAUUAGCUUUAAGUCUGUAA